AUUCUACAAUUAUGGUUAGCGCUAACAUUCAAACAUGUAACAACACAUAGAGACAGACACAUUUGUCGAUUUCCUUAAAUUUAAUCAGUAAACCAUUGAUUUAUUGAUUGCUUUUGAAUGGAGAAAUCAUUAAGAUUUUAUUAGAUGAGAUGUAAUUUUCUAAAACUGACAUUAUGAGUAGAAGCAAGAGGCAGAAAGACUUUGAUCAACAGUUUGAAGCUUUUCUUAAAGAGUCUUUAUCAUCUGAGGAUUCUAUAAAUUCUGCUCGUAUAAACAAGUUCCUCGAGCCGCCGACGAAAGAAAAGAAACCCUGGUGGGAUGUUGAUGAUGAUGAUGAUGAUGACAAACCAGGUUUAGGUACCAGUCGAAGCUUUUUAAAGAAAAAGAGCCCAGAAAAUGUGAGCCAAGAAAACAAAAAACAAGAUUUCAGAAUAGCUCCAAAAGCAAAGGCUAGAAAAGAUGCUAAAAUUCGAGGGAAAGCAGAGUCAUCCAUCAGUAAAGACAGUCUUGAUGAUAUUUCCGAGAAAUCGGAGGAAGAUCACGGACAUGUACACAGACCAAGAGUUCAUGUACCAGAGGAAAGCAUGGACAGUAUAAAUACAGAAGAUUUACUCAAUGAGCGUGACUCUGGAACCAGGGUUGGCAUGGAUACUCUUGAUGAAAUGGCAGACAAGGAAAAGUUUUUCAGGGACCUGGAAAGGAAUGCAGAUGGAACAAUUGAUUAUGGUAGAUUAAAUCGUGACCUCAGUGCUACGGGGAACACAAUGUCACCAGAGGGCGCUGCAAAGACUGCAGCAACACUGGCAGCACUACAGGAUAUAGAGGAUGAAGUGGAAGAAGAUUUGCCAACAGGACCUGACAUCAGGGGUGAACUAGUACAUUCUGAACGGGAUCAGUCUGAACAAAAACCAAGCAUGUUGUCUAAAGUGUCACUGAUGGAUUCCUUAGAAUCUACAAUGAAUACAACAACAUCCCCUCAGGUAGGGAAGGGGACUAUGCGAGAUGUGUUGGAGGAAGCAGAUGAAUUUGAUGACACAGACCAGCAAGGGGAAAACUUUAGGCCAAGCCAUAGUGGACCAGAAACUCUUAAAACUGCUACAGGACUGAUUGGUACAAACACAAGUCAGGAGAUUGAAGCACUCCACAAUGCUCUAGAGAAACUGGGACUGUCUGCUACAAUAGGCAAUGACAGUCAGCUGGAUUUGUCGUCCCAGGGAGACAAAGGGACUGAAGAUCUUGUAAAGAAACUCCUAAGUACAAGUGCAGGAAAACAAAGAAAUGUUGCAGAAAUAAUGAAAGAGUUGGAAGAUUUACAGAUGAAAGUUGGAAAGGAAGAUCCCCAUUCAGAUCAGCAUUCUCCAGAGACCAGAGCCAGCCCUAAAAGUCCUAAAGGUAUUGAGAGGCAAAAACAGGUUGAGGAUGACCACGAGGAAUUGCGGGGCUUUAACCUUUCUCCUGCACGGCCCUUUCCUGUAGAUCAGGAUCACUCCCAGAGAGGUGACAGUUCCUACAGGGGUGACAGCUCCCACAGGGGUGGGGAUAGUUCACAGAGAGGUGGGUUUGAUACCUCUCACACAGAAGAUACAGAAAUGUACAGACCAGUUAUUGAAGUGUCAGAAGACUCGUAUAUGGAAGCAAGGCGGAAUGUGAGUGAGAGAGGAAGAGGGAAGAAGAAAGAACAAAAGAAGAAGACAGACAAGAAAAGAGAAGACAAAGGCAAACAACAUAAACAAAUGAGGACAACAGAUUCAUCUCUGAGAAGGUCCAGAUCUAGAUCUUCAUCUCCUAUGAAAAUUGACUUUUCAGAAACAUUGAAGUGGAAGCAUAAGUCUAUCAAGGGUUCAGGAUAUGGACAGAUGUACUCUCCACCUAAACCACCAUGGGACAGAAGUCAUGACAGGGAGAGGGAACUGUUAGGUUACUCGAGGUCAAGGCAUAUACAGAAUGAUUCCCCUUUAAAGUCAACAGAUAGAGUAACACAGCAGACGAGUCCAAAGAAACGGGAAGUGAAAACUGCUAAAGGAAGUGCAUGGAGCCCAGCAGAAGUCAGUAAGCAAAAGAUGAAAGGAAGUCAGUCAGCAAAGCGUGCCAAACUGGGUUCAGUAGCUUCCUCACAGCUUGACGCUUCGGUAGAGUCAUUUGCCAAAUACAUCAAGGAACAUUUUAUACCAGAGGCCAAACCCUCAAUGGAAGAACCAUCUGUGUCAGCAAGUUUCAAGGAAAAGGUAGAAGAUAAUGCUGAUGAAGAGAAAGUUAGAAUCAUCGAGAAAUUAAAGGCUGAUCUAGAAUCUAUGGAGAGAAGUUAUGAGCGCCAGUUGGAGACUCAGAAACUGCAGUUUGAACAAGAGAUCUCAGAAUUAAAGCAAGAAAACUUUGUACUUCAUGCUAAGGUGAGUGGGGAUGAAGGUGCAGAGAUGAAGAAGAAAGUUCUGGCUGGCCAGUCUCUGGAAGGAGUAGGAAAGGACCAACUGGAAACGCUGCAGCGUGACCUGAGGGAACAGGAAACCCUCAUAUCUGGAUACCAGCAGGAGAAUAAGAGACUGUAUGAUGAGAUGAAGAACUUAAAGAAACAGAGUAAACAGGUGGAGGAGAGAAUGUUCCAGGAGAAUCAGAAACUGCUUGCUGAAGCUGCGAAUCUCAGGAUAGUGAAACAGGAUAGGGAAAAUGUGACCCAGUUGGAACAGAAAGAGGAACAGUAUCGGAAUAAAGGGUUGAUAACUGGUCCUGAAGCACAGCAGAGAAUUGCAGCAGGGGAUAGUCAGGGUGCCAUUGCACACCUAGAGGCGGAGCUUUCACAGGCAAAGAGAACAUGUGAUGCAUUGAAUCGUGAAAUUUCGGUGCUGCAGCAGUCCCGAGUAGAGCUGGAGAAACAUGUGGAGAAGUUGGUCCUCGAGAGGGAGCACCUUAACAAGGCACUGGAGCAAUCUAAAACAUUGAAAUCAGAAGAGGCUAGGGCUCUAGAGCAAGAGUACCAAAAAGAGAUUGAGAAACUAAAGAAUAAGUUGAAAUGGUAUGCAGAGAACCAGGAACUGCUUGACAAAGGUGCGAGAAAACUGAAAUCCCGCGACGAUGAAAUACACAAACUGAAAAUGCGGAUAGAAGACCUUCAGACUGAGUCUGGCAAGCGUGUAGAGGAUAGUAAAGUUCGAGCAAGAGAACGUGCAGGAGACCAGAAGAAAAUACAAGAUCUGCAGAGACAAGUGAAAGAAAUGGAGGCUAUUUUGAAGAGACGGAAUCCAAAUUCUUUGCCCACCUUGAUGAUAGCCGCUGCAGCUGCCCCAGACAAUACUGCGAACAACAACAGAUCAGCCUAUUCUGAAGUACUGGAGAGUCGAGUGAAGAAACUAGAGAAAGAACUGGAGGAAAAAGAUGGAGAGACAGAUAAACUGAUGCGUGGAGUAGAACAGAAAUAUCACUCUAUUAAGUUACAAUUUGAAGAAAGAAUCAAGGAGUUGGAACUUCAGCUAUCCAUUUACCAGGGCCAAACAGAUCAUGUUCACCCACAUACACAUUCUGUUGCCCUGGAACGAGAAUUAGAGAGUAUAAGAGAGAGAUAUAAACACCAGGUGAAGGAUCUACAGGCAGAGAUAGACAGGUUGGCAGCUGAACUGGCAAAAUCCAAGAAAUCAUUAGAAGUGUCUGGGAAGGCUGAAAUUGAGAAUGCCAAAGAGACAGAAACAGAGUUACGUACCUUGGUGAGAUCUUUACAACAGGAGGUAGAAAACAAGAAUCAUGACCUCCAGGUCAUGCAGAAAUCUUUGGAAAGACUACGCAAAGAAAAACCCCUUUCUUAUACUAAUGAUGCAGGUAAGAAGGGUAAACAGAAGGGCAAGGGAAGUAAAUCUGACCUUACUGAGACAGAGGAGUUGUCCUCCCUGCCUGCAGAGAAGGAAUAUGAACCAAAAGUGUUUGAAGAUGCCCAUAUAUCAGAUGUGCUGAAAGAAAAUGAAGAUCUUAAAAUGAAGGUUGACAAACUACAGUUACAGAUGGAUCAGCACAGGGUAGAUAUACGUAAAGUUCUCGCCGAGAACGAGGGUAUAAUGCGUGAGACUCGUGAGAAUUAUGAGGAAAAAAUAGAACAGUUACGACGAUCACAUCAACAGGAAGUAAAACGUUUGAUGGCGCAGCAAGCUCUGGAACACUCAACAUCACGUAUGGCAGAAUUACAGAGUAAAGUGGAUACACAGGAGGUUAUGAUCAAGCAUCUGAGGGAGCAACAAGCGAGGCUGGAGGUGGAGGCAGAGGCUGCCUCGGUACUGAGGAUCAAACAAACACGUCUUGAAGAAUCACUGAAAUCAUUACAUAAAGAACUGAAAGAGGCCAAAAAAUCUCAUACUCCUGAAAUGCGUCAUUUUGAAGAGUUGCAGGAAAAGAUAACUCAUAUAGAAACAAAACAUGCUCAGCGUGAGCAAGAACUUCAACAAAUCAUUAAAAACUCUAAACUUAGUGCUUCUGUGGAGAUAGAAAAAGAAACAGACAAAUGGCGUAAACUUGUUGAAACAAAAAAUAAUGAGAUUCAGAGAUUCCGCAUGGAAUUGGACUCAAUAUUAGAAGUGAUAAGGGUGUUACAGAAACAAGGGGUUAUUAUUCCAGUAUCGUCUACUGCCGUCUCCUAGCCAACAUACAGCUAUAUAUAGAAGUAACUGUGAUAUUAAUUUAUUAAUGUACAACCAGGAUUAGAGUGAAUUGUGUCUCCCACAUGAAGUAGGAGAGACCUAUUGUUUAAGUACUGUCUGUCUGUCUGUCUGACUGUCACAAAAUUUGUUCGCACAACUCCUCUGACACCACCGGUAAAUUUACACCAAAAUUCACAAUCAUUGCCUAGCCUAGUUGUGUCAGCAUGCUCCGGUUUGAUUAUUUUUAGUGGAGUUAUGUCCCUUGAUUUGUCAAAUUUUAUGAUCUUUUGGACACAUCGCAUAUUAUUGGGCAUAUUUCCACCAAGCCUUACAGGAGUGAUCAGUACCAAGACUCUGUCCAAAUUAUUUGCAUGUUCUGGUGUAACAAUAAAUAUUCGUCACUCUGGAAAUUUUUCCCCCCACCCCCAACACAAGAUAUAUUGCAGAUAUGUAAACAUAUAGGUUGGUGUGCUGUAGAUAUGUAAAGAUGUAGGUAAAUCUUCUGUAGAUAUGUAACAAUGUAGGUAGGGCUGCUGUAGAUAUGUAAACAUGUGGGUUAAUUGCAGUAGAUAUGUAAACAUGUGGGUAAGUCUGUUUUAGAUACGUAAACAUGUAGUUAGAGCUGCUAUAGACAUGUAAACAUGUGGGCAAGUGUGCUGUGUACAUGUAACAUAUACAUGUAAGUUGAUCUGCUGUAGAUAUGUAAAAAUGUGCUACUAAGUAAAUCUGCUGUAGAUAUGUAUGUAAUAUUAUAAUUUAUUAUUUAUGCACAUACGUGGGAAGAUAUAUUGAUUUUUAGCUGGACUAUUCAAAGAAUAGUCUAGCUAUUCUACUCACCCUGGCGUCGGCGUCACACCUUGGUUAAGUUUUUGCAUGCAAGUACAUACAGCCAUCAAUUAAAGGCAUAUAGCUUUGAAACUUAUUUUUUCUUUUUCUAGGUCAAUUACCAACCUCUCUGGGUCAAGUCCCAUAACUCUGACAUGUAUUUUGAGCAAAUUAUGCCCCCUUUUGGACUUAGAAAAUUUUGGUUAAAGUUUUACAUGCAAGUUACUAUCUCCAAAACUAAUGCAGAUAUUGAUUUGAAACUUCACAUGUGUCUUCGGCGUUAUAAAACUAGUUGAUAGCAGCAAGUCCCAUAACUCUGACUUUCAUUUUGGCCAAAUUAUGCCCCCUUUUGGACUUAGAAAAUUCUGGUUAAAGUUUUGCGUGCAAGUUCAUACAGCUAUUUCUAAAAGGCAUAUAGAUUUGAAACUUAUUUUUUCUUUUUCUAGAUCAAUUAUCAACCUCACUGGGUCAAGUCCCAUAACUCUGA